AUUCUCCCAUCCCCAAAGAAACCAAACAUACUUAUUUCUUCUCAGAGAGAUUGAAAAACCAAAAACAAAAUGAAUUCAUUUUCUGAAGAUGAAUUUGAUAAAAUCCCAGACGCAAUAUUACUUCUCAUCCUGAAUCAAAUAUCAGAUAUCAAAACUCUAACUCAUUGCAAAACAGUCUCCAAACGAUUCAACUCAUUAGUACCGCAAGUUGAAACACUUCUGGUCAAAGUAGAUUGUGUGAUAUCCACAACAUCAUCAGAAUCAGGUGAUUGGUUUUCUCUAUUCAACAUCAUCAAAUCAAUAUUCCAAUCUUUUCAGGAUUUAUUAACAUCACCAAGAAAACUGUUAUCACCAAACAAGUUCUCAAACUCGCCCACAGAUAUUCUCAGAGGAUUUGAGAAGAUCAAGAAGUUAGAGAUUGAAUUACCUUCCGGUGAUCUUAAGUUGGAGAAAGGGAUAACGUUAAGAUGGAAAGCGGAGUUUGGGAAGAGUUUGAAGAGUUGUGUGAUAUUAGCCGUUAGAUCAAUUGAAUAUGGUGAUCAGAAGGGUGGUGGUGGUGAUGAUCAUGAUGAUGAGAUUGAUUUUCAUGGAGAUGGAAGCGGUGGAUUGAAGUUGAGGGUAGUUUGGACAAUUUCAUCGUUAAUAGCUGCUUCCACAAGGCAUUAUUUGUUGAGAGAAGUGAUUAAAGAACAUAAGGAGAUUGAGAGUUUGGUUUUGAGUGAUAGAGAGAAUGAAGGUAAAGUUGUUAUGAAUCAACAGGGUUUGAAGGAGUUUAGGGUUCAUGAGGAAGAAAAUGGUGGCGGCGGUGGUGGUGGUGGUGGUGGGGUGGAUUUAAGUACAAGUACGGUGCAGGGGUGGAAGAAUAACAGGACAGUGGUUCCAGCUGUGAGAAUGAGAAUGAGACAUGAAUCAAAACUAGAUUUGUCUUGUGGUGUGAGAAUGAGAGGGGCUACUCUUGUUGUUGUUAGGCCUGCAAUUACAGAUGAAUUUGAGAGAAGAAAAAAUUGGAAGUCGGAAAUAGAAGAGCGACAGGAAGAUAAAGAAUUGGCUUUGGGGGCAUUUGACGGUGUUUUUGGUGAAGCUGUUGAGGCUUUGAUGAAGAGAAGAAGUUAUUUACUGGAAAUGAAUUCUUUUUAAAAUAACCACGCAGCAACAUGCAACCGCAACUCAGUGAUCGGCGGCGAUGGCUGGUAAAGUCUAUGGUCAAAUUCGCUCUUAUACAAUGUCAAUCUUGGAAUGCAUUUCACUGUUCACUGAUUGUGUUGCCUCUAGGACGGAAUUUUUUUUCUUCUUCUCUUAUGUGCAUUUGCUUUCUAUGAACGUUAGUGAUGCAAUGUUAGUUUGCAAGUUGUAAUCUAUCUUAGGGCAACUUGGUCGAAGUUGUUGGUCUGAAUUUUCUGAUUGGUUCCACUUAAGAUAUUCUAGUGAUCCGUACUUAUGUUGUUGUCAUUAGAAUAAAGAAGCAUGUUGAAAAUAUUUGUGUGUUAGGUGAGUGAAUGUAUUCUGUACUUUGUGUUUAGAAUUGAAUUAGUCUGAGGUGAUUAACUUAA